UCCACUUGCGGCUCCAACGUCCCGGACGGGCGGGGGCGUGGCCUGGCGGCGGGCGGCCUCCAAACGCGAUUGGUCCUCCGGCCCGUCAUUCCCGAGCGCCCGCCCCCCCGGGUAUAAAAGCCCCCACCCCGGGCCCGCGCAGGACGGUUUCGGAGCUGGCGGUCGAGCCCUGCGCGCCCCGCUGACCGCGAGCCCGCUGUGGAGAAAAAUGUCUACCGACGGGACAGAAGCCACCCCAGAAGCCACCGCCAGCACCCAGGCGACAGGCGAAGAACCAGUCCAGCAGCCCAGCGUGGUGGAACGCGUGGCCAACAUGCCCCUCAUCAGCUCCACCUGCAACAUGGUGUCCGCGGCCUACACCUCCACCAAGGAGAGCCACCCCCAUGUCAAGACCAUGUGUGACGCGGCCGAGAAGGGCGUGAAGACCCUCACGGCGGCUGCUGUCAGCGGGGCCCAGCCCAUCCUCUCCAAGCUGGAGCCGCAGAUCGCAUCGGCCAGUGAAUACGCCCACCGGGGGCUGGACAAGCUGGAGGGGAACCUGCCCAUCCUGCAGCAGCACACGGAGAAGGUGCUGGCCGAUACCAAGGAGCUCGUCUCGUCCAAGGUGUCGGGGGCCCGAGAAGCCGUGUCCAGCACGGUGUCCAGCGCCAAGGACACAGUGGCCAGUCGAGUGACGGAGGCGGUUGACGUGACGCGGGGCGCCGUGCAGAGUGGCGUGGACGCAACCAAGUCCGUGGUGACCAGCGGCGUCCAGUCGGUCAUGGGCUCCCGCGUGGGCCAGAUGGUGCUGAGCGGAGUGGACGCGGUGCUGGGCAAGUCGGAGGAGUGGGUGGAUAACCACCUGCCCAUGACGGACGCUGAGCUGGCCCGCCUCGCCACGUCCCUGGAGGGCUUCGACAUGGCCUCGGUGCAGCAGCAGCGGCAGGAGCAGAGUUACUUCGUGCGCCUGGGCUCGCUGUCGGAGCGGCUGCGCCAGCGGGCCUUCGCCCACUCGCUGGGCAAACUGCAGCUGACGCGGCAGCGGGCGCAGGAGUCCCUGGGCCAGCUGGCGCAGGCGCUCAGCCUGAUGGAAACCGUCAAGCAGGGAGUUGAUCAGAAGCUGGUGGAGGGUCAGGAGAAACUACACCAGAUGUGGCUCAACUGGAACCAGAAGCAGCUCCAGGGCACAGAGCAGACCCCGGCCAAACCAGAGGUGGAGACCCAGACGCUCACCAUGUUCCGGGACAUUGCCCAGCAGCUGCAGAGCACCUGCGCCUCGCUGGGGUCCAGCAUCCAGGGGCUGCCCACCCACGUGAAGGACCAGCUGCAGCAGGCUCGCCACCAGGUGGAGGGCCUCCAAGCCACCUUUUCCGGCAUCCAUUCCUUCCAGGACCUGUCCAGCACCGUCCUGAUGCAGAGCCGGGAGCAGGUGGCCAAGGCCCGAGAGGCCCUCGACCACAUGGUUGAGUACGUGGCCCAGAACACACCCAUCACGUGGCUGGUGGGCCCCUUCGCCCCGGGAGUCGUCGAGAAAGCCCCAGAAGAGAAGAAAUAAGACAGCCAGGAGGAGGCUGGAGGGGAGGGACCUAGCCUCUCCCUGAGGGGUGGCCUGAGCACCAGACCCCUCGCCUCACUUGGAACAUGUGUCCCUAACCUUCCCACCCCCACCCCGCUCCACCCUGCCCAUCUUAGCUGCCCCCUCGGGGAGCUGCAAACCGACCUGUCCAUCCCCUCCUCUGCGCUCAGAGGAAGCGUAUCCUGAGCAUCACCUCCUCAGUCAAGACAGGGAGGGUUCUAGGAAAAGUUUUCUAGGAGGCCCUCAAUUUCUUUUUUUCUUAAACCCAGGGAUACAUAUCCCAUCUCUUUUUCUUUAUCAAGGGCCCUGGAUAUCAGCCUUUAGCUGAUGGACUUGGGUUUCUCCCGGGGAGGGGGUGGAGGGAGCGCCACCCAGGCCCAUCCGAGAGCAGAGGGGCUCAGCCUGCCUGGCAUCCCGUACCUGCCGAGCUUCCGUAUUGCCUUAAUAAACUUCACCUGCAGCUAAGUA